AGCCAAGCCCCUUUGUUUCUCUCCUCCUCUUUGUCCUCAGUUCCGGGCUAGGAACGCCUUUCCUGAUCGGAAGACGAUCAGUGUCGCACGAGCUGUUCCGUAGCUGAUGCAAUGGGGUUGCUCGUGCCGGAGAGCAGCUGAGGAAAGCCGCGAUUUCGCGGACAGAAUUCUCCAAGCUCUCUGUUUUGAAGUUUCAGGAUAAAACGAUAUAAAACACACUUUAAACUAAAAAUACAAAAGACUUUCCACACUCCUUAAAAUGGCAGAUAUUCCAAUUGGAAGCUUUUGCUCUCUUAAGCCAGUUGAACUGUUUGAACAAGUAGCUGCACAAGGAGAAAAGGUCAGAUCACUGAAAUCCAAGAAAGCGUCAAAGGAUGAAAUUGAUGCUGCAGUUAAGUUGUUGCUGUCAUUAAAACUAACCUAUAAAACAGCAACAGGUCAAGAAUAUAAAGCAGAUUGUCCUCCAGCAGAUUUCACUCCAGUCAGUAACAGUCCAGCCAACAAUGAAGAGGAUGAUUUUGUGGACCCCUGGACAGUGCAGACAUCCAAUGCAAAAGGGGUGGAUUAUGACAAACUUAUAGUUCGAUUUGGCAGUAGCAAAAUUGAUAAAGACCUCAUCAAUAGAAUAGAGAGAAUUACGGGACAUAAACCACAUCAUUUUCUACAGAGAGGCAUUUUCUUUUCUCAUAGAGAUAUGAACCAAAUUCUUGACGCGUAUGAACAUAAGAAGCCAUUUUACCUUUAUACAGGCAGAGGUCCCUCAUCUGAGGCCAUGCACGUUGGCCACCUUAUCCCAUUUAUUUUUACAAAGUGGUUACAAGAAGUAUUUAAUGUUCCAUUAGUCAUACAAUUGACUGAUGAUGAGAAAUACCUGUGGAAAGAUCUGACCGUUGAGAAAGCCUACCAGUAUGCUAUAGAAAACAUCAAGGACAUAAUAGCCUGUGGAUUUGAUAUUAAUCAAACUUUCAUCUUUUCUGAUCUCUCAUAUAUGGGGAGAAGUCUGGGCUUCUAUGAAAAUAUUGUUAAAGUUCAAAAGCAUGUGACAUUCAACCAAGUGAAAGGAAUCUUUGGUUUUACAGAUAGUGACUGCAUAGGAAAGAUAAGUUUUCCUGCUACUCAAGCCGCUCCAUCCUUUAGCUCAUCAUUUCCACAGAUCUUCAACAAUAGGAAGGAUAUCCAGUGUUUGAUCCCAUGUGCAAUUGAUCAGGAUCCCUAUUUCAGAAUGACGAGAGACGUAGCCCCUCGGAUCGGCUAUCCCAAGCCAGCAUUACUGCAUUCUGUCUUCUUCCCAGCCUUGCAGGGAGCACAAACAAAAAUGAGUGCUAGCGAUCCUAACUCCUCAAUCUUUCUCACUGAUACACCCAAGCAAAUAAAAACAAAGAUUAAUAAACAUGCUUUCUCUGGUGGCAAAGACACUGUUGAAGAGCACAGGCAGUAUGGUGGCAACUGUGAUGUAGAUGUCUCUUACAUGUACCUCACCUUCUUCCUUGAGGAUGAUGACAGAUUAGAACAAAUUAAGCAGACUUACACAAGUGGAGCACUGCUGACAGGAGAACUCAAGAAAGUGUUGAUUGAAACUCUUCAGCCCUUGAUUGCAGCUCACCAGCAAAGGCGAAAGCAGAUCACUGAUGAAAUGGUGAAGGAAUUCAUGACUCCACGGAAGCUGGCAUUUGACUAUUAAUUCUGCAACUGCAUGUUGAUUCAUCAGUACGUAAAGACUACAUGUUAUUGUAGUUUCUUGUUUUUCAUUUUUUUGCCUUAAUUAUGUACAGGCAUAGGCAGCACUGCUUUUGACAAACUAUUAAGUUAUUCUUAAUUGACUAAUGGCUAUGUGGGAAAACCAUGUAUCUGUACUUGGGAAAAACAGACAUUAGUUGUAGAUAAUACUUGGACUUCAUAGGUUAGCAAGAUAAUUUAUUUCCUGGAGAAGAUUGUUCUUCCACAUAAUGCUUGGUUUCAUGGAAUAUGUUAUUGGGAAGAAAAUUGACAUCACAUUAAUAAAGAAUUCAGCUCUGUGGAACAUUUUUAUAUCAA